AGCAAUGCUGCUGUUGACCCCAGUUGCUGCCAAUAUGGGAUGUUGAAUGCAUUAGCUUCCGGGUUGGACAUUAAGUUUUGCAACGCUCCUCACUCUUCAUCGGGGAGCGAGUUUGUCUAUGAUGCGGAGCAACCCCUGCUUCCUAUGAUUUCCCCGGAGAGCUGCAGCUGCAUUGUCUCUGCCUCUUUGCAGAGCUGGAGUGGCCGGGCUGCAGGGGAGGAGACUCCGAGCGGGGUCCCAGCGCUGUCGGCUGGACACCCCCUCGCUCCUGAUGCCCAGUGGGACGGAGCGUGGAGCUGCAGCGGUCUGCUCCUCGACCGCACCCGGGGACUCGUCCUUUGCCACGGCCACAUCUUCUUCCCUUUCGUCCAACGCCCAGGGCAGCAGGGUCUGAGUGACAAGCCAUUCCUGCGACCUGAAGCUUUCCACAAAGAUCUGCAGAUCCAUGUCCAACUCCCCGGAAUCAGCUCUAGAGGCAAAUCCAACCCUCAAUUGCCUUUAGCUUCCAGUUAUGCAACGGCACUGGGGCCUGUAUCAGAACCCCCCAGUUCUGACUUGAACCCAGUGUUACCUUCAGUAGUGACUCCUGGUCUGGGUAAGUUCCAGAGCUCCAGCCAAGCUGAGAUGCUGAUGGUCUUCCCUUGCCCAGAAUUUCAAGACAUCUUCCAAACCUUAUUCAGCAAGUCAGACAAAUGGUAUUUCUACAGUGAAGACAAGGAACAGGUGCUUCAGUCUGAGCUCCUAGACCUGGUCUGGUUCGGCUUGCUGCAAUGCCCUGGGUGGGCCAAUGAUGCCCUGGGUGGAGGAACUCUGCAGUACGUGAGGAGUGAGUAUUUGAGGAAAGGUCAGUCCCUGUUCAGUUGUGCUUCACCCUUUGCCUCCUUCUGCCCCGAGAUCUUCAUGAACACGUUCAGUAAAGGAAUCGUGAGUAAUCUGGCAGGAGAGAGGAACGCAAUGAUCCUGACCGAUGCCCGCUGUCUGCCCGGGACUGAAGGAGGUGGCAUUUAUGUCAAAUCUCAAGACCUUUAUUAUUUAGCUGGUUUAAUCGUGGCACCGCUUUGCUGGAAAGCCAAUGAGUGGGUUGGACUGACAUUGGUGUGUUCCGUCACCUGCAUAUUUCAGGCUGUCAGAAGGAUUUUGAAUGGAUUUGACAAAAGCGGCACGAAGAUGUCAUUUUGCCCAGUAUCGGGUCACCUGCCCCCAGCUAACCCAGGGCAGCACGGUUUAUCUCGUCUGCUUGGCGCAGUAGCUCUUCUGGACUGUGAUAGAGUGUGGGGAUCAGGAGUGAUUGUCAGUCCCAGGUUGAUUCUUACAUGUCGGCAUGUGCUAAGCCGAGCAUCAGCUGUCAAAGUGAAAAUACAGUCGGACUCCAACAGCUACAUUGCAUUAAAGGGAACAGUGUUGUUUGCUACAAAGGAGAAUUCAGCCUUCGAUGUGGCAGUGGUGGAACUGGAAGAAGACCUUUUGACUGUCAAAACACCUGCUAUUGCUUCUGGAUUUAGCACAGAUGUCUAUACUGUCGACAUGCUCACCUCCUGAUUGUGAAAGAGGGAGCUCCCCGAGUGAAUGCACAGAUGGUACAGAGACAACGUGCAUCAUAAAGCAUGACAUUGCAUUGUAACUAAUGAGGGACAAAGGCAUCUAGCAGAGUUUGAUUUAAAAAAAACCUUAUCUUCCUGUCACUGUGUGAGAACCCAUUUAUACAAGGGGUUGUUUGCUGUCUGUUAAAGUUUACAUUUAUUAACAGGGUAGAUUGCAUUUUUUUUUUAAAAGUGUGAGAUCGAUUUGAGAGAAAAGUUCUAUGUGGUUAAAGCAGUAUUUGCGCUAAAAUUACAUACAAUGUGUAUUUUUUUCAGGAUGAGAAAAGUUGGUGUUGAGGAAUUAAAUGCUUUGAAUAUUUUGCACCCAGUGCCAGGUACAGAGCGACAGUUCAGUUUUAGUUCAAAAAUGCCAUUUGGAGUAACAAAUCCCAACUGCAGACUCAGCAUGAAAAACUUUGUCUCUGUAUAAUCUGCCAGGAUGAGAGCUGGAUUUAAAUGUCAGGAGCCAGGUCACAGACACAACAGAAUCCAAAUUAAAACAUAGCUGUGUAAAAUGGCCUUGAGUAUACAGCCCAGCAAUGUACAUCAUGCCAGGCUGAGAACAACACCGGUGUUACAUUGCUUAGCAUUCCCCAAAACCAGCCUCACAGCUGAGUAUGCCUCCCUCUGAUAACAGUGUUAUGAGGUGUAAACUACUUACAAGAAUAUAAGAAAGACGGGCUUGAAUUUAUAACGACCAGAUCAUUUGGUUGAGGGAAGAAUAUUGAUCAGGGCACCAGGAAGACCUCCCCUGUCCUUCACCGAAUAGUGCCACGGGGUCUCUUAUAUCCAUCGGAGAGGCCUCGGCUUAGGGUGCCACUUCCAGCACGGGGGUGUCAUUUUUGCGCUCAAGUCCUGGAUCGGGACUUGCACCCACGGCUUCCUGACUCGGAGAUGAGAAUGCUACACCACAGCUCACUGAACGUGAGGUUUAACCGCUGGACUAAAGCUGACUGUCAGAAAAGAGGAAACAAAGCAAGGCUAGCCCAGCUGAGUGCUGCCAGAGUCUUUGUGACAAAGGGGGAGAGCAGCCUGUCCUCCGAGACUAGCUCCCAGUGAAGAAUGGGAACACAGCCAUUGAGUUUGCUGGCUAUGGAACAGGGACUUGGAAGCUUGCUCAGCUCAAAAAUAAACGAGUUGAGAUCAGGCUGUUUCAGUUCCCUUGCAGCUAGUAGAAAGGAGACUUUCCUCCUGUUCUCUCAGCUGGUAGCACUACCACCAUCAGAAGCUCCUGGGCUCAAACCCCAUGUCAAGACAUGAGAACAAAUUGUUGGUUAACUACAGGGCAGUGCUGAGGGAGUGCUGCACUGUUGCAGGUGCUGGUUUUUGAACAAGGCGCAAAGUCAGGUUUCCUAACAACAUUCCUCAGCAAUUAGCAACAAAAACAGAUAAACUGCUUGUUUAUUGGGUUUGUGUGUAUGGGAUCUUGCAGUGUUCAUAUUGGCACACAUUCAAACUACUCCAUUUC